AUGACUGAUCACAAAGAUGAAAGGGUUACCUAUACCCACCCUUUGUUUAAACUGGAACCAGUAUGGUAUGCUGAACCAGGAUUUAUUGACAUGGUUAAUGAAAACCUGAAUACUGAUUGCUCUAGCCUUGUUCCUAAACUAAGUAAUAUUUCUAAAAAGAUGUCUUCUUGGGCAAAGCAAAACAUAGGGAAUUUCCAAAAAAAUGGGAGAACUCUGUCUGCUAGGUUAAAAGGGAUCCAAAAGGCCCUUGAAACUAGACCAACCAGUAGGCAUCUACUGGAAUUAAAUGAGGAACUCUCCAAGGAGUUGAGCCUAAUUUAUGAACAGCAAGAAGCCUUCUGGAUGGCCAGGGCAAGGUCUAAUUGGAUUAAGAGUGGGGAUGCUAACACUGGAUUCUUUCAUAAGUCAGUAAUUAUAAGGAGGAGAAGGAAUAAGAUAUCUAAACUUAAUUCUGAUGUUGGUAUGAGUGUUGAAGGACCUGACUUAGUUCCCCACAUUGUCUCCUAUUUUACUAAACUCUUCACCUCUGAAAGCACUAUUUCCCCAUGUGAGGACCACCACUACACAAAUGAAAUUAGCAUAGACCACCCAACCUCCAUUGAGGAAGUAAGAAGAGCAGUUUUCCAAUUAGGAGCCCUGAAAGCACCAGGUAAAGAUGGCCUCCAUGCCUUCUUUUAUCAACAACAUUGGGGAAAUCUUUGGCAAGACACCUAUAACUUUGUAGAUAGCAUCCUCCAGAAUAGGUUCUUCCCCAAUUCAGUGAAUGAUACCACCAUCUCCAUUAUCCCUAAGUCUGAGCAUCCAGAAACAAUCAAACAAUUCAGACCCAUCAGCCUUUGUAAUGUCAACUACAAGAUUGUUUCCAAAGUCUUAGUGAAUAGAAUCAGACCUCACCUUGGUGAUCUAAUCUCUCCCAAUCAGAAUAGUUUCCUCCCAGGGAGAGGUUGUGAGAUAAACUACAUAGAUGCCUCUGAAAUUCUACACUCCAUGAAAACCAGGAAAGGCAAAUUUGGGUGGUUUGUUUUUAAGAUUGAUCUAGAAAAGGCCUAUGAUAGAUUGGAGUGGAAUUUCAUUAGGUUCUGUCUAGCAAGAAAAGGGUUCAGCAAAAACUCCUGUGACCUGAUCAUGAACUGUAUAGCCUCCCCAUCCACAUCCAUCAUUGUUAAUGGUCAACCAUCCCCUAGCUUUAAAACAUCCAGAGGUAUUAGACAAGGAGACCCUUUAUCCCCAUACAUCUUCAUCCUUUGCAUGGAAUACCUUGCUGACCUCAUCACAGAAUCAGCAACAAAAGGGGACUGGAAACCCUUCUGCGUUAGGAGGAAUGGCAUUCCAAUAACUCAUCUCAUGUUUGCUGAUGACCUCAUUCUUUUUGGGGACACAUCUAACAAAACUCUUCAAAGCAUAAGAAAUGUACUUGGGAAUUUUUGGGAGGUUUCUGGCCAAAAGAUGAACAAUGCAAAGAGUAAAAUGUAUUUCUCAAAGCAUACACCUCAAGAACAAAAGGAUCUGUUCUGUUCAGCCCUAGAAGUCCAGCCUAGCCCAGACCUAGGUACUUACCUUGGAUUCCCUUUGACUGAUAAGAGGCCAACAAAGAACCAAACUGAGUAUGUCUGUAGAAAUAUCAAAAGUAAGUUGGCCUCAUGGAAAGCAAAGUGCCUGAGCAAAGCUGGAAGACUAGUCCUCAUUAAGGCCUCCCUCACUGCCAUAGCCAAUUACUCCAUGCAAGUCCUUUAUCUCCCCAAGAAAACCCUGAAAACAAUUGACCAAAUAUGUGCAAAAUUCUUGUGGGAUUAUGAACCUCAAACACAGAAAACUCACCUAGUAGCUUGGCUAAAAUCCUGUGGGGAUAUGAAAUUAGGGGAGCUAAGUAUCAGAUCAGCAAUUAUUAUGAACCAAGUUUUAAUGGCCAAACUCUGCUGGAAAUUUGACACAACCACAAACCUGGCCAGUAAGCUUGUGAAGGAUAAGUACAUUGAGAAUAGACCCUACCCCACUCCCUUCCACAAGGGUUCUCAUAUCUGGCAGAAUGUAGGGAAUGGGUGGGAUCUAUACCAAAAGUUUUCUGCUUGGUACAUUGGGGAUGGGGAUAAUAUUAACCUUUGGCAUGAUAAUUGGACAGGAAAAGGUCCCCUUAGAUCUCUAGUGGCUGGCCCAAUGAAUACAGGUGAGGAACAUAAAAAACUCAGUAGUAUUAUAAGUAAUGGGAAGUGGAACAUCAAGUAUCUUUCCUUCAUCCUCCCUGCUGACCUAGUCCUAUGGAUUCAAGCCAUCCCUCUACCCCAGUUUGGAAGAGAUGGCCCCUACUGCUCCCUUACCUUAGGCUUAAAGUUUGACUCAAAAACUGCAUAUAACACCAUCUGGAGGAACCUCUUCCCUGAACUGUUACCAAAUGACAAAUGGAGUUAUAUCUGGAAAGCUAGAUGCCCACCCAGGAUACAAUUCUUUCUCUGGCUCAUCCUAUGGAAAAGGCUCCCAACAGCUUUCCAUUUAGCCAGCAGACACAUCAUCCCUAACCCUCACUACAUCUUUUGCCCCACUGCCCAGGAAGACAUGGCACAUAUUUUCUUACAUUGCCCUAGAGCUCAGGAAUUCUUGAGUGAAGUUGCUUUUAAACCAAUGAUUAACCAUGUCAAUGUUGAUUUUGAAUACUGGUUUCUUGAAAACUUAAAAAACAACAGUACUGAUCCAAAUCCUAACACACCCCUCCCCCAAACUCUGUUUGCUUUUUGUUUGUGGAGGAUAUGGAUCAGGAGAAACAUGUGGGCUUUUCAAAAGGAAAAUAAAAACAUCACCCCCUGGUGUCAGCAAACCAUGUGGCUCUCAAAUGAGUUUGAACAGUCCCAGAACACCCAAGGACCCAAACCACAUGUUAUAGCAGGUGUAGCUGGUACCUUCACAACAAACUCAGCAAAGACUGCAGAAGCACAAGAAAUCCUUCUUGCAGUCUCCUGGAGUGUCAACAACAACUGGGAAAACACAACAAUCUACUCAGAUUGUAAAGCUGCAGUAGAAGAGUUAAAUGAUGACCAAGCACCAACUACAAACCUCACUAACUUGUAUGGAAAAUGCAGGGCAUUGCAAAAAAGCCACGGGAGCCUAUGUGUGAAGUUCCAAAGAAGAGAGCAACUCUUGGAGGUGGACUACGUGGCAAAGAAGGCCAAGGCCCGGUUGAGUCUGUUGGAUCAAGGCGUUAAAAUUUCCCCCCCACCCAUUUUAGCUAAUGAUAUCUCUAGUAACAAUGAAACUUAUUUUUUGGGAGCAUGCUUGCUUCAUAAUUAUGCCAUAAGUGGCUGUAUUUUUGCCUCCGAAAGGAGUGGGGCGUCAUGA